AUGCGAUCUUUGAACCCUAGCGGGCGAGAGAUGGAAAAAAGGAUCGAUCAGUCAGACUAUGAAGAAGACAUUCUGGAGACAGAAGAAUUGUAUCAUUCAGAGGAAGAGGCCCAGGGUGGCUCCCGUCGUGAGUACAGUGCCUCAGGCGCUAACGCCAUAUGGUGCAAGGUCUUCCCGUCCACAUUGACAGGCAUAGCCCAGACUUGGUUCAAAAGUUUAAAGCCAGGUAGCAUCUCUAGCUUCUCCCAGUUGUCGUCCACAUUCAGUACUCACUUUGUCAGUAAUAGGCGCCGCGAGCGUACUACGGGAGAAUUAUUGUCUGUCAAACAGGGGGCAAAUGAAAGUUUAAGGGACUAUAUCGGUCGCUUUAAUGUUGAAGCCGUUUCAAUUCCACGCUUACAGCAAGAUGUAGCGGUGCUAGCCUUGAUGACUGGCCUCAAGGAGGGGUCACCAUUUCGAAAUUAUCUGGGUCGUAAAUCUUACACCACUCUGGGUCCCGUCCUGGGUAAAGCAAAUGAUUAUAUCAGAGGGGAAGAGUUUGACAAAGCUGUGGGUAACCGUGAAUCUGAGAAGAAAGAGGACAAGCAAAAGAAAGAUAAGGGCCGUGAAUCUGAUCGCGCCCGAGACGAUAGACGACAAGAGUCGCAUAUGGUAAAAAGAGGAGAUGAACGAGAAAGGGAUGGCGAAAGAUAUGACCGCGAUCGUAGGGAUCGUGAGAGGAAUGUUCGGGAAGGAGGUGAGCGCAGAGACAGAUUUGACGCGUACACCCAGCUGACUACCUCAAGAAGUCAGAUCUUUUUGAAGAACAAGGAUAGCGACAAAUGGCAGCGUCCUAAACCUAUGUUCCACAAAAAUCGUGAUAAAAGCAAAUGGUGUGAUUUCCAUGGGGAUCACGGCCAUGUCACGGAAGAUUGUCGUCACUUGAAAGACAAUCUAGAAGAUUUGUUGAGAAGGGGCUAUUUCAGCCAAUAUAAAGCACAGACGAAAGAAGGAGAUCUGGUGAAACCAGUCAACAAAAACGUUCAAUCAAGGAUAAGUGAAAUUCACGUCAUCAGUGGCGGGCCUAUUCAUGGAGGUAGUGUGAAUGGAGCCAAAGCCAGCCUGAAGGAAUUCAGGCACCAAGUCAAUUUCAAUGAGAGCAUGAAGUGGAGGCAUCCGCCAGCCAUGCCGGCAAUGACUUUCACGCUGAAAGACGCAGAGCAUGUGGUCUUCCCUCAUGAUGACCCUUGGUGGUCACUCUAA